CAUUCUGGUCUUCAUGCUUUAUCAGACGUUAAUUUGUCAUUUCAUUCAAUCAGUCCACUCAAACUUAGCGUGCAUUUUACCAGUGAAAUGGACAACUUUUUUGAGCGUAAUCUCUACGUGGAUACGAUUCUUCGAGAAAUUUUUAAAUACGCCGGAAACCGGCGCAUUCUCUUCUCUUGCUUCGACCCAGAUACCUACAUUCUUUAUCCUGCUUCGAACAUUCAUAACAACGACGAGCUACUCAGAAAUCCCGGUAUGGCUGAGUUUGCUAGGGACCUCGGUCUCAUUGUCCUCGUCUGGGGCUCUGCUGCCAAUGAUUCUUGCAACAUGAAGCGCCUCAAGGAACUCGGUGUUCAUGGCCUUAUUUAUGACAGGUUUGUGUUGGUGGAAAAGUGCGCACCAGUUGAUUCCACCGGUCACUCCACACCCUCUCCACCGUCCUUCGAAAGUCCUACUGAAAGCCACGAGUCCGGUGCCUCUACACCCUCCCAUCAAAACUACAACCACCAAAAUCAGCCAGUCUCGGCGAAUUCGGCUUCUGUUGUUGCUCGAGACCUGGUCGAUGCUCUGAAUAAGCAGCUUUGCUUAAAUCGUACCUCGAAUGAGGAGAACGAGCACAAGAUGACUCUCACUCUAACCAAUUAG